AUAUUUUAUUGAUUAUGUGAUCAAUGAGCACAAAACGAUGCAGGAAGGUGAAUCAGAAAGUAUGAUUUAAACAUUUUCUGAAAAGUGUGGUGUGCAUUUGUAUUUAACUCUUUCUCUGCUGGUUGGUCUCCACCAAUCAGCUGAACGUUUUUCCCUUCUUUACAAAACAAGUUCAGUCCGAUUUAAUGCAAGGCACCAACAACCAUUAGCUAAAUCUGCCCCUGGACUUUGACUACACCAUUCUAGAACCUCAGUUUGCUUUGAUCCAAUCUGUGUUUCCAUUAGCAUUUCAUUUUAAAGUUUUGUGUAAAAAGUUGAUGGAAAUGCCAAAAUAAAAUAAAAAUAAAAAACAUAUUAAAAGUUUUACACGCAUUUGAUGUGAUUUUUGGUUUUUCUGAAAUACUUAACGAAGUAAAGACAAGAUAGAAAUACAUUUACAGAAUAAGUUCUGAUGCAGCACAAACGGUUGUUAAAUACAGAAAAUGGAGACCAGAAAUAAUUUUCUGCCAUCGCUUCUGGCGCCCCCUGUAGCCCAGCGCCCGCAUGCAUCACAUUUAGAGCAUACAAACAUUUCAACUGAAACUGUGGGCCCCUGAUCUACAACAUGCCUUAAUAUUGACAAAUUAUUAUAUAUUAAAUUAUGCACAAGAUUGAAAAGUUACAUCUGAUCAAUUUAAGGGUUUAAUUUCGUUUUAUUGAAAUAAAAAUGUGUUUUUCCAUAAUUUAGGGGAACAUAUAGACAUGGCCUUGCAGCUAAUUUCCUUGUUACGUAACACUUCUACUUGUUUUGUUUUACAUGGGGGAUGAGAAGGAUGUGAAUCUCAGAGGACGAUCCGAGCAGAACCAGGGGGUUCUGCAGGUUCUGAUGAUCCAGCUCCUAUUAUGUAAGCCGGCCUGGAUCCUCCAUCCGUCUCCAUGGCGACCACAUCCCAGCAGCUGCAUGUGGCUGUGCAGGAAUGUCACAUGUGGGCCAGUGAUGUGUCUGCAGUGCUGAACCAGUGGCACAAAAAGUUGUGAUAGGCACUCAGUGGGCGCCGGGGUGGAGCGGGCGCCAUAAGCGAUGGCAAAAAAUGAUUUCUAGUUGACAUUUUCUGUGAUUUAGCAGCUGUUUGUGCUUCGCUUUGUCUGUGUCUGCUCGCUGUGAGCAUCUCCAACUCUAAUGUUGCAACAGAUUAAACAAAUUUGGGUCUCUGAUGUCCCAUGAAAUGCGCCAAAACCUGCGAUCUGCGUCUCCCUCCCGUGUUUCCCGUCCUCUCCCGGUUGUAUAACCUCUCUCUGCCGCAGUGAAGGAAACCCUUCUCUCCGCUUCUCGACGUCGCUCUGCCGCCUGUCCUUUUAAGGCAUGGGGGAUACCCGCCGUCACAGCCGGAAGCAGCCCAAAUUUGGUCAGCUACGAAAGGGGCACGGCGGGGGGAAUCCCUCGCGCCGGUGUCGACCAAUAAAGGCAGGACGGGAGUUACCUUGGAGACGGAGAGUAUAAAAGGGAGAGCCGGAGAGCGCUCAGCAUCCUCAGCCUCUCAGCCCGGCAGCAGCCGCAGUUUAAACCGGAUUAACGCCUCGCUUCUUAGGGGAAUCCCGGAUUUAAUCAUAAAACCUGAUAAAAGGAUGCUUCUGGAGCGCGACGACAGCUUCAUGUCUGAGUUUGAGGACGCUUGCAGCGCCUGGGUGGACAGCGUGGGAUCCAGCCCCAGCGACGGCGCGGACUCUGACGUGGGAUCACCGUUCAGCCAAGUUUUCUCUCCGGGAACUGACGCCUCGGACUCAGACUUCUUCUCCGACUUCAGCGACUGCUCCUCGGACACUCUCUCUCCAUCGCUUGGCUACAGCGGAAGCUUCUUCGCCGAGCUGGAGCCCACGGCCGCGGGGCUGAGCAGCACCGCCGACGCGAUCCUGAACAUGAUCACGGAAAUUGUGGGAAUUUGCACCGAGAUGGAGCAGCAGCAGCAGCCCGCCCCCGACUUCAGCAUCCCUCCUGCAGCCGCGGAGCCGCAGCCGCCUGCAGUCCCCGCUUCAGCUCCGAUGAUGAUCAAAUCGGAGUUCGGGACCUCCAGCUGCAACAGCGGGUGUUCUCAGCCCUCCACGGCCGGGAAUGACGCUCUGUUCCCGGCUGCAGCGGACUCUCUGCUCCCGCUCAUGGCUCUGGAGCAACAGGUGGACAUGGCUGAUUUCAUCGAGUCUCUGCUGAGCUCCGAAGCCGGGCAGGGCGAGCUGAAGCCCGGCUGCGAGGUGAAGCAGGAGCCGCUGGAGCUGGAGGACUGGCUGAAGGGUUUACCGGUAACCGGCGGGGAAUCCGGUAACUACGUCAUCAGCAGCACCCCCUCCACCCUGGACGCGCACCUGCUGUCCUCCCUCCUGCAGGGCGCGUUCCCGAUGGUCAACAUCAGCAGCGUGCACGCGGCCGGAGCGCCUAAGCAGCAGCGCACAGGGCGCAGAGCGCACGCGCGCGGCGGCGUGAAGCCCAAGCCGUUCCCGUGCUCCGUGCCGGGCUGCGAGCGCCGCUUCUCGCGCUCCGACGAGCUCAACAGGCACGUGCGCAUCCACACGGGCCAGAAGCCCUUCCAGUGCACCAUCUGCGCACGCAGCUUCAGCCGCAGCGACCACCUGACCACGCACACACGCACGCACACCGGCGAGAAGCCCUUCUCCUGUGACGUGUGCGGCAAGAGGUUCGCGCGCAGCGACGAAAGGAAGAGGCACGGGCGCGUGCACGUGAAGCAGCAGCUGCGUGCGCAGAUGAUGGCCGCCUACUCUCUGGCCCUGAACGCGCCCGGCGUGUAAACACAGGCCCGCGCUCCUCUACGCGGAGUUUUGGAAGCUUUUCGGAUUUAAACCGACAACCGGAGAGACAUGUGACGUCACACCGGUGUACAGGUGCUGGGAGGCGCAUGCGUGUAUGCGGUGCCCUGAGGGUUCGGGUUCGAGCCUGGCCCUGCAGCCGACCGGGCCUCCGCCACCUUAAAGGGGCAGUGCGCCCCCUGCAGGACGGAUCCUGCUGUAAAAUAAAACCAGUUUCUUCUGCAUGAAGCCGUAAAGAGACUCUGUGAAUGUCGACGUCAGAAUGUCGUGCUUCUGUUGUUGAUAUUUCUAUGUAAGCAGCUCUAUAUUUGAGGAGUUCCAUGUUUGUAACAUAUCUCUAUUUUUCUAGACGGACUGUCUACCUCUCAGUGUCGCAGUUUUACAAGCAGGGUGUGAAUAUUUUAGAGAUGUUUCUCUGGCACAUGAACAUGAAACACGAUGUCACUUUUUCUAUGAAACGACUGUACGCAUUCCGCGGACUCUGAACGAACCCGUGUGUGCAGGUCCUGCUGCACCGAUGCAUUGUGGGAUAUGUUGUCCAGUGUUCUGUGGUGUGAGAUCUGAAGCACACCGGCUCAGUGAGAGCUGAGCUCUGAGUAGCACAAAUGGCUGUGGGAGUUUCCUGUUCCCUCAUUCUGCAUGGAGGCUGUUGUCGCUGUUAAUAAACAAAACAAAACAAAACAAAA